AGCGUGAGCGGCAUGCAGUUGUUCAUAGGUUUGACAAGUAGUAGGCACCGGUGUUUGUUAUGUGAGCCUGUGAGGUAAGGUCGUAAACAAAACGCCACUAAUCCGUGUGAAAUACAAAAUCUCGAUGAGCAAUAAUAGCGUCCGUCCAUUAUCUGCCUAAGAGCUGUAAUUAGUUUUCAGACUAAUCAAGAAGAGGUACUAUGAUUCCGCUCAGAAAAUUGCAAGAACUAGUGAUUCCUAUGAAUAUGAUGGCAUCAAAUGCUGUGAAGCAGCUGACCAGCUCACGGUCAGUGCCCAUUCGUGGUACUGCAAAAGUCAUGAGUAGUAAUGGAAAUGUGAACAAGUUUACGAAACGAACACAUUCUUGUGGAGACCUCACUGAGAAGCAUGUGGGAAGUGUGGUGAAAUUAUUUGGCUGGCUUGAGUUUCAACGAAUGGGGAAGUUUAUUACAUUAAGAGACUCCUAUGGCUCAACUCAGCUAGUUAUACCAAAAGAGAGAAGAGAUCUCACUGAUGUUAUAAAAAAUACCCCAUAUGAGUCCAUCUUGUCUGCUACUGGAGUUGUUCAAGAAAGACCUCAAGGUCAGGAAAAUACUGAUAUGAAGACCGGCAGUGUAGAAGUUCAUAUUUCUGAUUUGAAUGUAGUGAGUUUGGCAAAAAAACAGUUGCCCUUCAGCAUUCGAGACUUCAAUAAGGCAAAAGAACCGCUACGCCUGAAAUACCGAUAUCUUGAUCUGCGAUUUGCAGAUAUGCAACACAAUAUUAGACUCAGAUCUCAAGUCACUAUGAAAAUGAGGGAAUAUCUCUGCGCAUCUGGAUUUGUGGAUGUGGAAACGCCUACAUUAUUUCGCAGAACUCCUGGGGGUGCACAAGAAUUCAUUGUGCCAACACAACUUCCUUCCCGCUUUUACUCUCUGGUGCAGAGCCCUCAGCAGUUCAAACAAAUGUUAAUGGUUGGAGGAAUAGAUCGUUACUUCCAGAUUGCUCGAUGUUACAGAGAUGAAGGUGGACGAUCCGACAGACAGCCUGAAUUCACACAGCUUGACAUGGAAUUAUCUUUCCCUGAUAGAGAUGGUAUUCUGCAACUGAUAGAAGAAAUGCUUGUCUACUGUUGGCCUGAAGAAGCAGAGCCAAUAUCUGCACCAUUCCCUCAGCUGACAUAUCAUCAGGCCAUGAAACUCUAUGGUACAGACAAACCUGAUACAAGAUUUAUGAUAAAGAUCCGUGAUGUCACCAAACUCCUAGUGAAAUAUGGACCUACAUGGUUCGAAAAUAACAGCUACUCUUCUUCUAUGACAGUGAAGGCUCUUGUUUUCCCAAAUGUAUCUGACUAUUUAUCAGAGAGCAUGAGGAGAUAUUUUAAAAAGUCUUUCGCCGAAAUUUAUGCUUUAGAAAAGCUGAUCAUAAUUCCUGUUGGGAAUAAUUCAGAAAACGUGUCUCUUAUAGAGGACAUAAAUUCUAUGAUGGAAGACACAAGGAAAAAUCUCCAAUUGAAAGAUGGAGAUCUAUUAUACUUGGCUGCUGGUUUGGAAAACCGUGUUCUGCCAGCAUUAGGGAAAAUUCGAGAAGAGUUCAUAGCUCACUUGAUAGCUGAAGGCGCUGAAGGAUACACAACGAAAAAAUUUAGUCCUUUGUGGGUUGUAGACUUUCCACUAUUUUUGGAAGGAGAUAUGCAGGGAAGUGUAGUGUCAGCACAUCACCCAUUUACACAACCACAUCCAGAUGACCUUCCUUUGUUGGAAAUAGAGCCUUUAAAGGUCCGUGGACUACAUUAUGACUUAGUCAUCAAUGGCUGUGAAGUUGGUGGAGGUUCCAUUCGUAUCCAUGAUGCAGCGCUGCAGACUUUUAUUCUUAAGAACAUUCUACAAAUUGAACCGAACUCUCUUCACCACCUUAUCGAUGCUCUACAGAGCGGAUGUCCACCACAUGGCGGCAUUGCAUUAGGUAUCGAUCGGCUAAUGUCAUUGCUGUGUCAUACAUCAAGCAUUCGGGAUGUAAUUGCUUUUCCAAAAGGCAUUGAUGGUAAGGAUUACAUGUCAGGAGCACCUGUUCCAAUAUCAGAAGAGGAACAGAAACUGUAUCAUAUUAGAAGUGUACCUCAGAAAUCUGAAAACAGUAUUACCAACAUGCAUAGCUCUGCUGUGUAAUUACUUCGCUUUGCUCAGUUUGUUUAUAUAACUUCUUCUCAUUUACUGCAACUGUACUUAGGUAUUUGGUUUUGUAUAUUACUCAGCAUUUAUAAGUCUUUAUGUGAAAUAAUUCUUGUAGUAUUUGUACGUAGUAUUUGUACUUACUUAGCAAAUAAUGUAUUCUUUCCAUGAAUUAAUUGUUCAUAUUUGUGAGACCACACAAUGAAACAUUGUCGCUGCCCACUUUUAAAAAGUCACCUGCUAUCUGUUAGGAUUUCUGGAUCAGCUGUCUGUUGAGAAAUGUUGACCAGAUUGUUUCCUGUUAUUUCCCAUUACCUAAGCUCCCUCUCCUCACAAGUUUAGGAAAAAGGACCGUUGGAGUUAUGAGCACUUUUGGUCACAAGUUAAUUUCUUAGGUGAAUCAGCUGCGUAUUUCAGUAGUUCAGAAGCCUGUAGAAAAACAAGAGUUUGUGUGUCAAGGAAUCCAUAUACAUUUCAACAGUAAUGUACACAACAAAAGCUUAAUAUUCUCUUUCAUGAACAAGAAUUAAGAGUGAGUACUCUGAUGGAACAAAUUAAAUUUUUGUUAUUGGGAUCAUCUAUCCACUCGCAGUCAUAAAAUAUUAAUCAGUGCAACACAUUUUUCAUUUUUGUAUCUCUAGAGAUAACACAAAUUAUGAGCACAGCAGAGCUACAACCAAGUCAAGAUUGUGAACUUUCAAAGAAACUGCAACAUCCAAGAUGGUUGUAAAUAGUUGAGUAAUAUCUGAUGAAAGAUGCAAACACAUGAGCUAGCAUUCAGUUAUGAUGUAAACUAUUAAACUUAAGAAUCGGCAGCAGUCUGGCCUGGUCAACUAGCCGCAAGGGUUUUUUAAUGGAACUAGAUCUGCCCUUUUUAUGUGAUGGUUAGUGUCCUAGCAGGUGAAACAGGUACUAUGUGCGUGAGUCCACAAUAUUAAUCCCGGUCGUCUGGGGUGUGGUCUGGACUAGCAGCACAUGGGAAGGAGAGGUGCCAGUGUCCACCACCAAGGGAUCAGGGAGAGUGAGCAGUAUGAUAGAGAGGAGGAUACGAUGUGGCUGUAGGACACAAUUCCACCUCUAUGGAGGUCUAUACUCAGUUGUAGAAGACCCCAGUUGGCACUGUGCAGGAGAAUGGUGACCUGGAUGGAGGUUAUAAUGGUAGAGGUCAGCAGGCAAUGAUGUGGAGGGCACGGCCUAUGCCAUAUGGUGCAGUGAUAAAUGGGUAGUGACACAUGUUACUGUUCGUUGGAUGGCACUGUACUGAGUAGGGAGGUAGUUUAUGUUCUGUGCAGCACACCUGAUUCCAGUGGGUGAUCGAGUCGUCCCAACAGGAUAUGAUUUGAACAUUUGACACCCUCAUUGUCUGGUGGCAGUACCCUGGGGCUACCAAUAAAAAUGGGGAAAUUCGUGGGCUCAGGCAUCAGAGCCCUUACAAUAAUACGGUGUGGUGUGCAGAAUCUGGGCUCACUGGAUGGUAUGUAGGAGAUUGAGCACCAUAUGCUGCCUGUGCCCAUGUAGCAACCCUGCCAGGCCAUGGCCACGGACCAGAGGUAGACCAGAGGCAAGGAAGUUUGGCAGUGGCAAGGAAGUAUCAUCACCCACACUGUCUUGCAUAUGUGUGUCUGAACUACCUGACCAACCAUCCCACAUUGGGAUUUGACAUAGGCUAAAAUAUUUUAACCAGCCCCAUCACUCCCUGAAAAGAUCCAUCCCAUUCAAUGUGCUUGGGCUUAGAAUAUGGUGACAAACAUUACACAAGUGCUGCCUGAUUCCGAGCACAGAUAUCGCAGGUCCAGACUGCUUGUUCAGUACAAGGCCAACACUUGAGUGUAAUAAUAAUCCUGGAUUCUGCUUCUUCAAUAGUCAGGGGUAGUACGCCAUCCCUGGCAUUCAGGUGAUAUUGGAAGGAAAAAUCAGUGAGGAAACCAGGGUCUUACGUUUUAGCGUACCUGGCAAAGCAGGAAUCUCACCGUAUGGCUUGUGUAAUGUGAUACGAAACUGAAAGUGUCACACUGUGCUGUACUUGUACCUAAGCUUAUACAGGUGAGUCAAUGUUAUAGUAAUUAGUCAUAUGUUAAAAGAGAUUUUACAUUAAUUUAAUUGUUUUUAUUUGUAUAAUACAAUAUUUUAUAUUACAUAAAUGUUUAUAUUUUUCUUGUGCUGUUGCAUUAUCAAUGCAACACCCUAUUGGCAGCAGCCACAUAUGUUAAGCCGGGCACUCUCACAGCUUAAGUGACAGCCUGUGAGUGCAAGACGAUCCUGCCAUUCACUGUUGCUGACCUCUUACUCAUUGUAAAAAUAAAAAUAAAUGAAAGAGUUUAUGGGUCUGUAAUGUAACAACAUGUUUUAAGGUUCACUUAUGUCUUAAGCUUCAUUAAGUACACAAACACUAGAAAUGCCUGCUGUAUUGUAUAUAUA